CCCAACAUGGCGUUCGACGCGCCGCCGACGUUGCCGGCGAUGACGCGCUGACUGCCGUUGUAGGCCAUCACUGUUUCUAGGAUUAAGUUGCUGCGAAGGCAUUGCUUUUGAUCGUGAUACAGAGCUUCAUAAAAUUACGGUACUUGAGUAAACAGUAGCGGUGGAGUGCAGGAAAUAUAUUCCCGGCUAUUUCUGCACCUUGCAGAUGUUUAUGGGAAACAGCCACUAGCUGUUGAUGCGUUAAUUGUGUAGACAUUGGAUCACUUUCACUGGAGACAGCGGAUCCACGGUGUAAGCAGUGAGACAAGGUCGGGGGACUCGAUACUCUCCGUGUAGCCGUGCGAUUCCGGCUUAUCUACCUCCAACCAGUUGUCCAAUUCGUCCUGUUGGGGCAAGGGUCAGGCAUGCUUAGAAGGAGAAUCGUGUGCAUCAAUCAUUUUUUCCCAGAAUAACAAAGGGAGCAGUGGAAGGAGGAGAGGACGAGGGAGAGGCCAAGUAAGAUGAAUAUUAUUACAAAAGCCUAAAUCAUGGCUCGCUUAACAAAGAGAAGACAGGCAGACACAAAAGUGGUCCAAUUCUUGUGGGAGGCUAUUGAAGUAAUUCGAAAUCAGAAGCAAAUUGCAAACAUUGACCGGAUUGCAAAAUACAUGACUCGAGUCCAUACCAUGCACCCAAAGGAGACAACACGUCAGCUGAGCCUUGCUGUGAAGGAUGGACUGAUUGUUGAGACUCUGACUGUGGGCUGUAAGGGAUCAAAAGCUGGUAUAGAACAAGAAGGGUACUGGCUGCCAGGAGAUGAUAUUGACUGGAGUUCUGAAACUCAUGACUGGUACUGUUUUGAAUGCCACCAGCCAGGAGAGGUCUUAACCUGUGAUUCUUGUAGUCGUGUUUACCACCCAAAGUGUCUAACAGAUGAAUUCAAGUUACGAGACAGCAGUUCACAUUGGCAGUGUCCAGUUUGCAAAGUGUUGAAAAAGAAGGGCACAGACAAACAGUCAAUGAGCAUUUAUCUUCGGUACAUAGUGAAUCGAAUGAAGGAGCGGGCUUCAGAACUCAAAAAAGGUAAAGACCAGAAGCAUCCCAUGUACAGGCGACUUGUACAUUCUGCAUUAGACAUUCCUCUCAUACAAGAAAAAAUUAAUGAAGGCAAGUACAAAAAUUAUGAAGAAUUCAAGGCAGAUGCCCAGCUGCUGGUACAUAACACUGUAAUAUAUUAUGGAGCGGAAAGUGAACAGGCUGAAAUUGCUGGAAUGCUUUACAAUGACACUUGCCAUGAGUUAGAUGAACUUCAGCUUUGCAAGAACUGCUUCUAUUUGUCAAACGCUCGACCUGAUAAUUGGUUCUGCUAUCCUUGUACACCCAAUCAUGAGCUGGUUUGGGCUAAGAUGAAAGGUUUCGGGUUUUGGCCUGCUAAGGUAAUGCAGACCGAAGACAAUCAAGUCGAUGUGCGCUUUUUUGGUCAUCAACACCAACGGGCUUGGAUUCCAGCAGACAACACUCAGAGCAUUACAACCAACAUUCAUAAGUUACAGGUUAAACGAAGCAUGGGUUGGAAGAAAGCAUGUGAUGAACUAGAACUGCAUCAGCGGUUCCUUCAAGAAGGAAGGUACUGGAAGAUUAAGUCUGAAGAAAAACAUGGAGAAGAGGAGGCAGAAUCUGGUAUAUCUUCUACGAGUAAUGAACAGUCAAAGUACAGUCAGGAGCCUAAAACAAAGAAAGGACGACGUGGUCAAGCUGUAGAACCCAAAACGGAGGACACAGAACCUGAAACUGAAGCAGUUAGUUCUAGUCAAGAAAUUGCUCCAGCACUGCAACAGCCUGAGAAGGUUUCUGUCUCAACUCAGACAAAGAAGCCAGGUGCAUCUUCUCCAAGAGUGCUACAUCGAAGCACUCAGACCAGCAAUGAUGGAGUGUGUCAAAAUAUGUGCCAUGAAAAGUACAACAAACUCUUUAAUGACCUCAAAGAGAAAGUGAAGGCAGACCACAAGAGAGAGACUGAAAGAGUAGUGCGGGAGGCACUUGAAAAGUUACGCACAGAGGUAGAAGAAGAGAAGAGGCAAGCUGUAAAUAAAGCUGUAACAAAUAUGCAAGCAGAAAUGGACAAGAAGAUCAAACAAGUAAAAGAUAAGUGCAAAGACGAAUUCAUGGAAGAACUGAAAAAGGCAGCAACCCAACACAAACAGCUUAUUUCCCAGACGAAAAAGAAACAAUGGUGUUACAACUGUGAAGAUGAAGCCAUGUAUCACUGCUGCUGGAAUACAUCAUACUGCUCCAUCAAAUGUCAGCAGGAGCACUGGCAUGCAGAACACAAACGCACCUGUCGUAGAAAAAGAUGAAAUAUGUUGCACCCCAAGUAAACUACCGGGAAAAUUGCUUCUCUCAAAGACACAGCAGUUUUAGUUUCAAAGAAGCCAAAAUUGUGUAGAAUUUGCAUCCCAUUUUGCACCAGCCUUUAAAUACUUUUUAGUGCUGAGAUUUUGCACAGUAAUUUUUAAUGUUUUAUUGUGAGACCCUGGGUUGAUACAUUUAAAAAAAUCUAAAGGAGAAGUAUCCUUAAAGACUAAUUUGUUUGAAGAUGGUGACAGAAUACUUUGUCAGAGCAUUACGUAAGUGGAACACAUACCAACAGUUUAAGUAACUUAAUGGAAACAUUGAAUGUCUUAGGUAAAUGGUUUUAAAUACGUAUACUCACACAUAUGCAUACGUGUAUAUGUUAUAUGUGUAUGUAUUGUGUGAGUGUAUCAUAUAUAUUAUAUAUGUAUAUGAAAUAUUCUUUUUUGAAUCUAAGCAAAUUUUAAUCUAGAGAAUGUUUUUAAAAUGUUGAAAACAUUUUAAAAGACUGGAGUUGCAUUUGUUUUCUGUAAAAUUCUGAAAUUAGUGCACCAAAUGUGUAAGCAAUCAUAGAAGAGUGUGCUGAAGGUUACAAAAGUAGUGUGAUGAGACUGACUUAUGUACUUGGGUGUGUACAUACACUAAAAACAGAAUCCAUUUCUCCACCUUUUUGAGCUGAGUUUGUUCAACUUAAUUGGAGGUCUCUUUACUGGCUAUACAAGUAGAUGAUUUAUAAUGAAAUUUAGGGAACAGGGUUGAUGUAGCAGGUGGAAAUACAGUGUAUUUUUUUCCUAGCUCCCAUUUAUGUUUUACAGUAUACUUCCUUUCAAUAUAUAACUUUUAUAACAAACUAAUAGCUUUGAACUUGUAGUUAUACAAAUUCAGGGAACUGGGGGGUCUUUUGCUAAGCUGGAACUAAAUACUUAAGUAUCAAUUUCAGAAUCUGAAGUUAUGCAUUUCAUAUUUGGCUUAUUGUAACCUAAAUGCUUGUAAAAUUGCCAGAUACUACCUUUCUUACUGUCAUAUACAUAACAGAAAAUCUUGUUUUUCCCCAAACUGUGUCACAUAAUUUCAUAAUUGUCAGUUCCGUUGUAAUGUAAUGUUAAAUGGAGUGUGUAAUUUUCACAAAAUGCAUUCUUUUGUAGCUGGUAGUUGCCACCUGUUUUUCAGCUCCAUCACUGUACACAGAAUGAAGAAUACUGCAUGUUGAUUUUCUUGUGCUAAAGACCAUGUGAUUUGUACAAUGUCUAUCUUGCAGAGUGUUUGGGUCGAGAAGCAUUACCAGUAGUAGGAAUGGAUCGAUAAGUGAAUAUUUAUUUUUUUUAUAAAAGUUGUAAAUGUCCAAAUCUAAUAAGCAACUGUAGUACUUAUUUUUUAAUGUGGCAUGAAAAUGAAGCUUAUUUAAAUGGCUUUUCUUUCAAAAUGCCUUGUAGCACCACAGCGGAGUUUCCUCCUUUGGGGAAAUUUUUUUUAAAUGUUUUUAUAACCACUGCUGUACAGCAGAACAGUCUUGAUUAUCUGCAGCAGUUGUGUAACAGCCACACAUGAAGCCAGUAAAGCACUUUUGGGAAACACAAAAUACAUAGCAAAUGUUGCCUACGUUUCUAGUUAAUGAAAUUAUGUAGAUGUUGAAUGUUGUUUAGAGUAAUGCUGUAUGUAUCAUGUGUAAUAUUUCUUUUUGUUGCAGAACAGAUAGUACAGCCUGAAGUGAGGAGCAGACAGUUAUGUUUCUGAAAGGCAGAGUGUAGAUAGCGAAUUGGUUGUGUAAAUAUUAGUUCAGGGUGGUGGUAUUUAUUGCAGAUCUGUGUGUUAGUGAGUGAGUGAGUGAGUGAGUGAGUGAGUGAGUGAGUGAGUGAGUGAGUGAGUGAGUGAGUGAGUGAGUUAACAGAGGCAUUAAGGAAUGCCUUUAAACAAGCUUCCUCUAGAUUGCAUUUAACAGUGCCUGCAAUUUGGUUCAUCUUCCAGCAUAUAAUGUGAAUGACUAUCAGUGGAACUUUGAUCUGUUUGCACAGCUGUAAACAGAAAAAAACAUGUUUUUUGUAAUUUCUUUUUUAGUUGAAUCUUACAUAACCAGCUACCAAAUAUCGAUCCACCCCUAUAGAAGAAGAGUAAAUUAUGUAGAAGUCAUUUUUGGUGUAAAAUCAUUCCAGGAAAUGUAAUAUUGUAACUGAUAGCUGCAUGAAGGUAAGAGUUGUGUUACUUUAACUGUUUUUUUAUCUGGUGACGCAGUUGCACAUUUCCAAGAGAAUACAGUGUGGAAACUUUUGUGUUUUUUUAUUUUUUUCUUCUUUGUUUUGAAGACUGUGGCCUGGUUUUGUAUGAGUUCUUAGUAAAAUUACCAUUUGUUUAGGAAUAGCUGAACAUCAAGCUAUACUCAAGAUGUUAGACUUUGCCACUCUGCUCUUGUAAUCAUUAAUUGUGGCUAUCAGGUUAUCUUACAGUUCAUAUUGGCAUUUUGUUAGUUGUUACUAGCAUCCAUAUAUAGCCAUUUAAUGUGUUAACAAUAGGUAAUAAAUGUGUAUGAAAAUAAGGAUCAGUGGCAUUGUGAAAGUUUCAGUAGUUCGAUUAAGCUGACAUAAAACUGAGAUUUAUGAUUUUUUCUAUGUUGCAGGUUUAAAAGUUACAUUGGUUUUGCUUUUAGCUAUAAAAAUACUAUUAAGAAGAAAUUACUUCUGGGAUAGUAAUGAUUAUUUUGAUACUUUUUACCUAAUUAUUUUUUUUUUUAUUCUUAACACUGUGACUGCAUCUACCAAGUACUUGCUUUUACUGGACCAUUGGCAGGCUUGGUUAUAUUCAUUCAAUAUUUGAUGCCUACAUUAUCCUCUGCGGGGGUUACAGGGGAUCCUCAAGAGUUCCACAUUGAAAGAACCAUUCCAUUGCAAGACACACCUGCAGGCAUUUUUAGAAAAUCAUCACUUAUCCUGCAGCAGGUCUUUGGAAUAUAGGAGGAAACUAAACUACUCAGCAUACACCUAGACGGGAGACAGUGAAAAUAUGUAGACUCCUCCUCUCAGAAGGCAUUCCAUUGGGAACUGAAUCACAGAACCAAGAAACAUGAAGUAGCAUAACUAACAUCUGUAUUUCUUUGUCAGACAUCCUUGAUAACUUCAUCACAUUUAGUGUCACUGUUCUUUUCCAUCCUGAUUAACUUUGGAUUUGUUGAUUGAAUGGGAAGUUGAAUGUUUCUAUAAAUUCAGACAUGUAUAAGAAGGGUAAUGUGUAAGCAUCUGUUGACAGUAGGGCUGUGUUUCAUUAAAGAUACUUGGAGAUCUAA